AUGUCCAAGAAGACCAUUCUGAUCACUGGCACCAAUCCCGGCGGCAUCGGCAACUCGCUCGCACGCGAGUUCCACGCCAAAGGUCUCCGCGUCUUCGCAACAGCCAGAAACACCGACAGCAUCACCGACCUCGCCGAUCUAGGCAUCGAAACCCUCUCGCUCGAAGUCACCGAUCCGGACAGCAUCAAGGUUCUGAAAGAGGAGGUUGCAUCGCGCACAAGUGGAAAGCUCGACUAUCUCGUCAACAAUGCUGGGCGCAAUUACACUGUCCCUGCUACGGACAUUGACUUUGAGCAAGUCCAGUUGACGUACGAGGUCAAUGUCUUUGGUGUCAUGCGCAUGUGUCAGGCAUUCACACCGCUGCUGAUUGAGGCCAAGGGCACCAUUGUCCAGAUCGGUAGUCUGGCAGGUGUUAUGCCAUACGUCUUUGGCAGUGUAUACAACUCUACCAAGGCCGCCCUGCACUCCUACAGUAACACACUCAGAGUUGAGCUGGAGCCGUUCGAUGUCAAGGUCGUCACCGUGGUCACCGGUGGUGUCAAGAGUAGGAUUGCGAGAAACGACUGGCAGCUGCCCAGAGACUCCAUCUACCUGCCCAUUGAGGCUGAAUACUUGAGGCGUACAAAGCACUCGCAAGAAGUCGGCAUGCCCAACGAACAGUACGCAAAGUCUGUUGUGAGCCAGGUGCUCGGUGGUCGUCACAAGAGACAGUUCUGGGAAGGCUCGUUCUCGUAUAUCGUCUGGUUCUUGAACACCUUCAUGCCGGCCAAAAUCUUCGUAAGUGGUCUAAGCAUUCGAUCAGAGCAUCACUAA